UUGAGAUUGUUUUCCCCGGUCAAAGUGGCUCGAGACCUUGAAGGGUGCGGGGAGGUGGGCGGAGCAGCACCAGCAACAGGUCAGAUGAGAUCAAUACGGAGGCUGGAGCAGCGAACAUGCGCACACAGACCCGCGACCACCAUGCGCCUUGCGAUCCUCCUCACGCUGUCAUUCCUAGCACCAGGUGAUUGUGACCUGUUACGGGAUAGUGUCCACGUGACAUCAGCGGCGGCAAGGCCUAAUAAUGAGCUGUGGUGUUACAAGUGCCUGGCAGAGGAUCCAGAUGGACCCUGUGCUGAUUUACGGCACAAUAACUCAGCACUCAUACACAAAUGUAACAACGAAAGGCGAAUGUGUAUGGUAAAAAGAUUUUCGUAUACGACUUCAAAUGAAAACUCCACAACAGCUCUGAAGAUGUGGGCAUUGGAACGCAACUGCACAAAGCAUUGUGAAGCUGGAUGCAUUGUCAUCGGUGAAAGGACCAAGCUGUACGCCUGUACUUCGUGUUGCACAACCUCACUAUGCAACUACGGAUCUGGCGCUCAACAAUUUACUAUAUACUUCCUUAUAAAUACUUUCAUUACUGCUCUAGCUCUCCUUAUUUAA